AUGGGAAUCGGAGCACCCGCUAUAUUUCCCCAUCCGUACCUUGCUCCACUAACCACAAAAUACCUUCCUGAUAAAGGUUUGCCAAGAAGGAACCAACCAGGACGCUUAUCUACACGAGCCAGUGAAGAUCACCAAACACUUGCGAAAAAGCUCCCAUCUUCCUCACCUAUUGUUUUUCGUUCAAUUGAUUCGUCCCAAGAUAUGGGAGGCACCCCUCAAUGA